AUGCGCGUCAGUAGCGCGGCUUGUUUACGCGGGCGCGGCGCGGGCGGGAGCGGCAAGUGCAGCAGGCCCCUCCGCCGCCACCUGUUCGCGGCCGUGGUGGGGGCCGCGCCUCCACCCCGUGGUGGGGGGCCGGGCGCGCUCAGUGCGAGUAGGACGCUCGCGCGCGCCGGGCGACCCGCAGGCAACAGAGCGCGCGUGGCCGCAGCCGCAGCAGCAGUCGCAGCACGAGCGCCCGCACACCCCGCAAGCUGGCCGGCCUGCAGCACAGCGCCGCCAUGGCGCCCUGGGCCGGCGCCGCCCCCGCCGCCUGGGGGUGGCCGGCGCCGCCCCCGCAGCCUCCCGCACCGCCGCCGCCGCCCGUGUCGGCGGCCGACCAGCCGCUCGACUUCUCGCUCGCCAAGUUCCAUCACAACAACAACAACGACUCACCUCCCGCCGCCCACGCCGCCCUCCUGGGCCGCCGGCCGCACGCCGUCACGCCCCCUCGCGCGCUACCCGACGCCGCCUCCGACGCUGCCGAAGACGACGCUACCCACCGCGACUCGUCGGACAACUCCUCCGACAACUCGGACGUCGCCCCCGCGUCUCCGCCUCCAGAUUACCGAAGCUAUCGAAGGUCCAGACCUGAUGGAUGCAGAGCAAGAGUCUUAACAUCCCAGCCAACGAGCCUCCUUACUAACUCUCAACCCACAUAUAGAG